GUAUAAGGAAGUGAGGUUAUGUUUUGGAAUAUUUUCAAUAAAUUAUAUCAAGUAAAGUAUUUUAAUCGAAAAACAUUUCAAGUGUGCCGCCAUGUUUAUGUAUCCCGAACCUCCCCCAAUCGACUAUGUUUUCGAGGACGUCUUAUUAACGUUUUUAUCCGAUGGCAUAUUUUUACACGGCAAGCCAGGACCGUCGCAUAAAUGUAUGGGGAAACAACUUCGUCCCAUAAAAAGAAAAAUCACCGACCCCGUGGCGCCACCUACUGAACUCGAUUCUCGUACACUUAACACGUUUGCAGAAAAGGAGGGAUCUUGGUACGCCCAGUCGAAAGAUGCUUUCCUUAUUCACGAAUUUUCAUCUUUUAUUAAACGAUUGAAAUAUUCCAAUCAAGAUAAUAAUAUAGGUCAAGGUUCACUAUUUCCAAGAUCAAAAAAAUACGAGUAUCAGUAUAUUAAGGAGAAACGUUUGGAAAAUGUACCGAAGGAAAUAUUCCUUGAUAAAUUUCAAUGUGGCGCAAAAGAAGCAAAAAAGAAAAAUAGAAUAUCGAAAUCCGACGAGGAGCAGCCAUGUUAUAUUUUGAAGCCGCCAUUUUGGUGGAAAGACAAAGGUGAUAAAAAAGAAUUGAAACUCCCUAUAGGUUAUAUCAACGAUUAUGCAUAUGAUCAAGCAGAAUGCACUGUACAAGGAUUUGAUUAUGCCAAUCACGAGAUUGAGACUGUAAAAAAAGAUGUCGAGGACAUUGCCAACUGUCGAGAAAAGAAACUAUUAAAAGUGGAAUGCCCAAUAAAAUGUUCUAUCGAAAAAGAUGGUUAUACUCCAAAAAUAUUGGAUGUCAAAACAGACAUAAGAUGGCAGCCGCUUUACAAACUAACACAAUUUCCAAAAACUAAUAAGAAACGUAAUGAAGAGUUACGAAUGGUUACGAAGCCUUAUCUCCAUGAAUUGAACACCUGGUAUGCUAAAAAUUUACCGACGAAAUUUCAUUUGCCAGUAAAGUGGGAAGGGAAACGACCAAUAACGGAAUGGCGAUUUUCGCACAUGUAAAUUGUUUUCUUUUACGUGCAAGCACAAACAUAAAAAAUAUUUACGAUUUAUUAGUGCAUACGCACUCUUAACUUUGAUAAGUGAUUAGAAAAUGAAA